UUGAAGAAGAGGGAAAUGACCCUGGCAACCUUGACAUAUAUCCAUUCCUGUUCAGUACGAAACGAAAGAAGCAACACUUUUAUGGCAUUCCACGCAACACCUUCUAUUCUACAUAGUAAACAGGGACUGUUGGAAAACAUUGGAAAGCCUUUAUCCAUCGAUAGAACUGCUUUCAGUAUGAGAAGGAGUUGCUUCGUUGAGAAUCAACUUCAUAAGAGAAGACUGGUGCAGAGUUGGGGAAACAAAGAAUAUACCAAAGCAGCCAACGGUUUUCGAUCUCUUCAAGGUUCCAACAAUGGCUAUAAGGAAUCUUCUUCAAGCCAUUCCUGGGAUGAUGAACCACCACUGCCACCACCCAUCUGGAAACCUACAAAACACGACCUUGUCACCGGAAGAGAUCCCACAAGGGUCAAAUUCUUUGACACUACUCUACGUGACGGCGAACAAUCCCCUGGCGCAACUUUGACUGGAGAAGAAAAACUAGUCAUUGCUAGACAAUUAGCAAAACUGGGAGUGGAUAUUAUAGAAGCAGGAUUUCCUGUGGCCUCUAACGGAGAUUUUGAAGCUGUUCGUAACAUUGCUCGCACUGUAGGAACCAGAGAAAACCCUCCCAUCAUUUGUGGUUUGGCUAGAGCUGUUGAGAGUGAUAUCGCCCGUUGCUGGGAAGCUGUAAAAGACGCUGCCUUUGCUAGGAUUCAUACGUUUAUUGCCACCUCGGAUAUCCACAUGGAGCAUAAGUUGAAAAAGUCGCGUUCUCAAGUAUUGGAAACGGUGACUAGAACUGUACAAUAUGCCAAGUCUUUGUGUGAAGAUAUUGAAUUCUCAGCAGAGGAUGCAACUCGUUCAGACCCAGAGUUCUUAUACGAAGUGUUUUCUAGAGCUAUUGAAGCAGGUGCUACAACCAUCAAUGUCCCAGAUACUGUAGGUUAUACAACCCCUGCAGAAUUUGGCUCUCUUAUGCGUGGAAUACGGAGAAAUGUUCGUGGCAUAGAAAAUGUAUGUCUUUCGGUACAUGGACAUGAUGACUUGGGCUUGGCUGUUUCUAACUUUUUAUCGGCUAUUGAAAAUGGAGCACAACAAGUAGAAUGUACAGUGAAUGGUAUUGGAGAACGUGCUGGUAAUGCUUCUUUGGAAGAAAUUGUCAUGGCGCUUUACGUUCGUCGUCAAUAUUAUAAUAACAAGUUGGGAAGACCUGAUCCGAAUGCUUUGCUUACAUGUGUGGAUACUCAAGAGAUAUGGAAAACUUCCAAAUUGGUUUCGAAUCUCACUGGCAUGAUAGUUCAACCCAACAAAGCUAUUGUUGGUUCGAAUGCAUUUGCACACGAAAGUGGUAUUCACCAAGAUGGCAUACUGAAGAAUCGACUUACUUAUGAAAUAAUGGAUGCUAGGCUGAUUGGUAUGCAAGAAAAUCAGUUGGUGCUUGGAAAGCAUUCUGGUCGUCAUGCCUUUAGGAAGCGUCUUGGAGAACUAGGUUUUGACCUUACAGAAGAUGAGCUUAAUCGUGCUUUUGUUCGAUUUAAGGAACUUGCGGAUAAGAAGAAGGAGGUAACCCUUUGGGAUUUGGAGUCUAUUGUAAACGAUGAAGUUCGUUUGCAAGGUACAGAAUAUCUUAAAUUGGAGCGAGUUCAGGUUCAAUGUGGCGACAAGUUGAUAUCCACAGCGACUGUCACAAUCAUGCAUAUGGAGUUGAGUCGCGAACUGACUGCUGUAUCUAUUGGCACAGGACCUGUGGAUGCCGCCUUUAAGGCGUUGAAUUCUAUCGAAGGAGUUCCUAAAGUUGUUCUACAAGAAUAUAUGGUCAAUUCGAUAACACAAGGUAUUGAUGCUUUAGGGGAAGUGACAGUUCGUAUUCGUGGUGAAACAGAUAGUCGUUCUUUUAUUGGUAGUGCAGCCAAUACCGAUAUUGUUGUAGCAUCUGUACAAGCAUAUGUGAAUGCUCUUAAUAGGUUGGCGCGUUAUGCUCAAUAUCCCAAGUCAGUUCAUCCACAAAAAGAUGCCGUAGUGUAGAGAUAGUUGUUGGUUUGUUACAUUUGUUAUAUAUGGAAGAUAUCGUUUAUUUACUCGAUAAAUCUUUGCUUCCAUAGUAUUUAAGACAAGUUAUCGAUCUAUACCUGUAGAGAACGCUUCCUUUGAGUCUCUACGGUAGAAUGUGUUUUCCACCACAAAUAGGAAAUGAAAUUCCCGUCGAGAGA